AUGGGGAGUCGUAUCGGCAUGUCCGAGUCAUCGGCAGAAAACGGGCUCGGCCGUACGAUAGGCAAUGACGAGCUGGGCAGGAAGACGGUGCUCUCGGACGUUGUUCGUUGUAUAUUACAAGAUAUACCGGCACACGGUCGGGAUACUCGGAUGCAACAAUGUUCCCAGCCACAUUCCCGGCCUUCCAAGCUUGUCAGCCACAUCAUCAGCCAACAGACCGUGUUCUUUAGACAGCGAGAGCAACAGUAUACGCUAUACAGUGUGAAGCCUGAGCAAGCAGCAAGCAUUCCACCACCAUCCGCACCAGACACCCGUCUUCUUUUCGUCCGCCAUGUCCGCUCGCUGAACGACAACCGUCCCGACGCAGGACACACCAUCUCUUGGAGCAUUCAGCCACACAAGAAGUCGCUAAACUUUGGCAUCUUCAAGCAUCCAGGCACUGCCACGGGCGCCAAUCCCCACCUGCCCGCCUCGGCCACCUUCGAAGCAGGCCCCUCGACACCUGGCCUUGAACCGCCGACGACGCGCAGCCGCGGCGCCUCGACCUCGCGCAACGAUCGAACCGUAGUACUGGAGAAGCUGUCGGCCAUUGGCCUGAAGCAGGUGCACUGGCAUGGAAAAUGCGAGGCGGACAUGGUGUCCAUGGGCACCUACGACGUGCCCACAGGAGAAGGUGGCAUGUACGGCUUGGUCUUCGACAACACCUUCUCCAAGACCGUCUCCAAGACGGCCACCUUUGUCCUCAUGACAUAUCCCACAAACGCAGCGCCAAAGUCUGGACACCACAUGCACUACGCCCAGGCCGUGGCAACCACGAGCACAACCAGUCUCCCCAAGUCGAGCCCCUCCAUGGGCCCCGUCGAAUCCUCCGAAUCUUUACCACAAGCAUACGGCCAUGGACCGCCAUCACAACAUGGCGCCAAACCAGGCAGCAUAUCGAGUGCCUCGUUUCUGACUGGAGUGCUGCAGAAGAAGAAACGGAAGAGGAAUCAGGGCUACGCACGGCGCUUCUUCUCCCUCGACUUCACCUCGUCCACACUCUCCUACUAUCGAAAUGACCAUUCCUCAGCCCUGCGAGGAGCCAUUCCCCUGUCGCUGGCUGCCAUUGGCGCCAACGAGGAAUCUAGGGAGAUCUCAGUGGACUCUGGCGCUGAAAUCUGGCAGCUGAAAGCAAACAAUGCAAAGGAUUUCAACAUGUGGAGAGACGCGCUCGAAAGGGCGUCACGCACAGCCGGAAUGGUUUCUUCCCCAAAACUGCAGGUCAAGGACAGCCCAUUCCAGAGCAUCGGACAUGUAAUGAACCCAGCAGAGGAAACGGAAUGGGCGCGAGUCGAGGCACUGGUAGGCAGAGUAGCGGGAACCCGAGAUGCUGUGCGAAGAUUGGCGCAAAAUACGGAUCCAAAGUACAACGCCACCACCGCCACCACCUCCAGUCUAGGACCCAAAGCUCAUGAGGGCUUAUCGCCCACACCCUCCGAAGCAGAGUCGGGCGAGUAUUUCCCAGAUACCAGGGCACAAGAAAAGGCUGCCUUUUGGAAGAGAAAAGCUAGUAGCUCGAGCGGUUCAAGCCCAGCUGGGCUAUUUAGAAGAAGCUCCACUGUGCAGGCUGGCGCUCCUUCACCCGGCGCUGUCCCUCCCGUUCCUCCACUCCCUCCGAAUAUAUUGGCAAACGGUGCAUUAUCUGUACCAAAUCGCAAUGGUCACGCCAGUACAUCGACACAUACUCAAGAAGACGGUAUCCACGACAAUUGCAUGGCCUUGCUAAGGGACCUCGAUUCCGUUGUCCAAGAGUUCUCACAACUCAUCGCCGAGAACAAGCAACGGCGAAUGGCAGCGCCCCUAUCAGCACUCCCUUCGCGCAACAGCUUCGAGUCGGUGGCGGAAUCAGUCGAUGAGUUUUUCGAUGCUCAAGACGUAGACGGAAGCAAGUCACAGCUUCUCUGCAUUCGGAGAGACAGUGAAGAUGAUGAGCGCGAACCGGAGCGCGAACGGGAUCAGGACUCGGAUGGCGAGUCAGAGUCAUCGUCGGACACGGGAGGUACAGGCUUGCUGGAUCGCCCACGCAUGUCAAGAGAGGCUACACCGGCGUUGUUCCCUACCAAGCCCAAGUCUCUCGCCCCCCUACCUCUGCAGCCUGUGAAGCGAAGGGCCAAUGUUCAGCCGCCCAAGGUCCAACCGCCCAGUCUCAUCGCCUUCUUCAGAAAAAAUGUCGGCAAAGACUUGUCCACGAUUGCGAUGCCAGUGUCUGCCAAUGAGCCCACGUCUGCACUGCAACGAUUAGCUGAACAGCUAGAGUAUAGCGAGCUACUUGACUCAGCGGUCAAGGCCGCACCAGAGGAUGGCGAGCGCCUCGUUUACAUGGCUGCCUUUGCCAUUUCCGCCUUUAGCAAUUCUCGUGUCAAGGAUCGCGCCAUUCGCAAACCGUUCAACCCAAUGCUUGGGGAGACAUACGAGCUGGUGCGUGAAGACAAGGGGUAUCGCUUCUUCGCAGAAAAGGUCGUACAUCGACCUGUGCGUAUGGCUUGUCAAGCAGAAGCCCAAGAAUGGACCUUCAUCCAGUCUCCCACACCUGUGCAGAAAUUCUGGGGCAAGAGUGCAGAAAUUAACACCGACGGUCGUGUCCGCAUCUUCCUUCAUGAAUCCGGUGAGCACUAUUCCUGGACUCUCGCAACUUCGUACUUGCGCAACAUCAUCGCUGGCGAGAAGUACCUCGAGCCAUUUGGAACCAUGACCGUUGUCUCCGAAACCACAGGUGCAAAGGCUGUCUGCACAUUCAAAGCUGGAGGCAUGUUUGCCGGUCGCUCCGAAGAAGUAUCCGUCCAAGUCUUUGACGGUACAGGCUCAGUGCUGCCCAUGGGUGCAAUCGGAAAAUGGACAACGGAUCUACAAAUGACAUCCAACGGCCAGCCUACCGGUACGACGGUCUGGAAAGUAGGCGAGCUCGUCGACAAACCUGAGAAACACUAUGGCUUCACCACCUUUGCUGCAGCGCUAAACCAAAUCACGUCCAUUGAAGAGAAUCAUAUGGCUCCAACAGACUCGCGUCUUCGACCCGACCAAAAAGCGCUGGAAGAGGGCGACGUUGACCGUGCGGAAGCUCUCAAGGCCCGGCUGGAAGAACGUCAACGUGCGAGGAGGAGAGUCAUGGAAGAACAUGGCGACGAGUGGAAACCACGCUGGUUCAGCAAAAUUGGAGUAGCGGAGGCGGCGGCUCUGGGAGAUGAGGAGAUUUGGCGGUUGAAGAGUGGAAAGGAUGGGUACUGGGAGUGCAGAGAGAGAGGAAACUGGGAAGGGGUUGUGGACGUGUUGCAGACAUGA